UCGGUGAACAACGGUGAGAGAAAGAGAGACGUAUAUAUAUGUAUACAUAUAUAUGUAUGUCAGCAAAGUAGUGUGUUCGCGGAUCGUGCGUGCAGAAGCGCUUAAAUAUUAAUCACAUUACGGAUGUUUUUGCCGGAGUGACGCGCGCUUAAUAGACGAGGUCCGAUUAUCGAGAUGCCACGGAUAUAUGAGUGUAACGAGAAUGGAAGUCCGUGCUAAAUACGGAUCGCGCGACUUGCAAAUAAGCAGCACCAAUGGACGCGGCCAUGUUUUCUGCUAGCAGAAAUCUUACCCAUUAAUAAUUCGUUAAUCGUCGACCACAAAGUGGAGCGUGCAGGAUGCCGAUAUGCGGUCUGAGGGCAAAGUUUCUACCAGCUACUUGCGCCUGGACAGUCCUACUCAGCACCACCACACUAUUCUUCUGUUUUCCAUGCCAGUAUUACGUGUUCCAAUGGGGAACAUGGGUCCCUGCACUACAAGGAGCCAUCACCUUCCUUGUAUUGGCAAAUUUCACACUAGCCACCUUCAUGGAUCCUGGCGUUAUACCGAAAGCAUCUUCUGAUGAAGACAAAGAGGAUGAAUUUAGUGCCCCAUUAUAUAAAAGUGUAGAAAUCAAUGGUAUUACAGUUCGCAUGAAAUGGUGCCUCACCUGCAAAUUCUACAGACCUCCUCGUUGUUCUCAUUGCAGUGUUUGCAAUCAGUGUAUUGAGACGUUUGAUCAUCACUGCCCAUGGGUGAACAACUGCAUUGGAAGGAGAAACUACAGAUUCUUUUUCUUCUUUCUUGUGUCACUCUGUUUUCACAUGCUCAGUAUAUUUGGAUUCUGCCUAUAUUUUGUAUUAGAGAGGAAGCAACAGCUAGGUGAAGUGGACACAAUCGUCGCACUUGUGAUCAUGGGAGUGGUUAUACUCUUGUUCAUUCCAAUCUCUGGGCUGACUGGCUUUCACGUAAUACUUGUUUCCAGAGGACGUACAACAAACGAACAGGUAACGGGUAAAUUUAAUGGAGGCUACAAUCCUUUUUCCCGCGGUUGCCUACACAAUUGCUGUUACACGCAAUUUGGACCACAAUACCCCAGUUUACUUAAGCCUGAAAAGUAUUCAGGAAAACGACGCGGAGCUUGUACUUCUGAGAUAUCGACUAUAGGCAGUGAGAACCAGGUAAAAACCUACAUGGAUAGCAGCAAUGGUGUUAGAAAUGCCAGUUCAAAUGCUUACAAUAAGUUGUCACCUGGACGGGAUGGGUCGGAUACAGACAUGGAACCCACUGCAUCUCAGUCAGCUGAUUGCGAGCCUACACCUCCACUGCAAAGACACGGUUCCAAAAGCAAUUUCUUCCUGCCACCUAUGGAGAACAGUGAGUCUCCCAGGCACCCGCCACCAUCGCAACACCGUCAUCCAUUGCAGUACACUAGAGGCAGCCCUCAUCCUAGGCCAAGGUACGUUGUCGAUACCUACAGGGGAAUGAACGGUUCUCGAAGCCAUACGCCCGAUCCAUUAUCACCGGAAGUUAGCGGAUCUCCUGCUGCUGCUUCUCAGAGAGGCCAAGGUCAGGGAGGUGCUAGUCCAACGACACAACGGAUUAAAGCUAUUGGAGUACCGACUCCACUUGCCAUUUCCAGUCCUAUGCGCAGAUCGAACCCAGGUACGCCGACGCAGGUUCGUCGGCCAGAUUUUAUAGGAGUGAACGAUGCAUCGACGUAUUACGAUGUACAGCAGGGAAACAAUGCCGGCGGAGUUGUUGGCGGCACUAGUAGCGUGGUUGUGACAGGUUAUAGUCCUCAACGGCGUUUCCUGUCCGAGAGCGAACUGGUACGUCAGGGUGGUGGCGACCAUCCGUAUUCCAGAACGAACAACACCGUCGACAACAUCCGUGAAUUGGCCGGUUCACCUCAGCGUGGUGUUUACAUGUGGAAGGACAACUCUCCAGGCAGCUAUCCCGCACCACCAGGGUCACAGAACGCUACCACGCAUCAGUCACCGUCGCAGCGACCACCGCCAACGUACGACUAUUACAGAUCGAAUCCGACAAGUCCCACGCAACAGUUGUACGCGAAUGCGCCCAGAGCAGCGUACCAUCCGGCAAUGAGAGGCGGCGUACCGGUCUUCCCACCACACCAGUCGCCUCAGGUGAAACGAAAAGCCGCGAUGGUCACGCCCACCACGCCCACGUCGGGCGACACGCGCCGCAGACCAAUGUCUUUCGUUAGAGCUUUGGAGAUGACGAAUUCCAUGGAGAUGGUGUCCGCGCCGAACGACAACAGAUCCCAACGGCCCACCACACCAACCAACGACCGGGCCAGUGUCUACGAUAUGAACUACGAGAUAUCCGUAUAGCCCAGCUUAAACGUCCCCGCACCAUACUGCGGCUGGACGGAGAUGGUGCACGAUCAAUUACCGACAUUUAACGUCUCCCGUUCCAAAGAGGACAGAACAGCGUACGCCGCUUACGAGAUAUCCGUCUGAAUUUAUUGUUGAUGGAACAAGUAUAUCGAGACUCUCUUGAGACCGAAGUAUGGCCUGUUCAACGAAUUGAAAGGUGUGGGAUAAAUAUAAGUUACUGUUGGGACUUUGGGUCGGAAAUUCUGAAGGACUGAUCUUUAAAGUAAAACAAAAAAAGAAUCCGCGGUCUUGUACUCUGUAUAUUAAUUACGCUGCUGUAUUUAGUCUUCGUAUUAUGGUUUCCAGGUGAAAAAAAUAAUUAAAGGAUCCGUCAAAUCCUCGAAUCUUCUAUCGCAAGAAUAUAUCCGGAAUGUUGAAUCUAUCUUACGUCUCAUCCUUUGAUCGUAAUCGUGUUCGGUACAAGUUGCUAAGUGUGUUUUUUCACUAAUAAGAUGCGUUCCCCUGUAUACCCUAUAAGUAAAUAAUCGACUUGGUUUAGACGAAGAGAUCUUGAUCAGUGGACCUCCAGUACCGAAAUUCAAGCGUCAGGACUCAAGAGGGUCUGUUUCAGAACUAUUGACACACGACACUCGGGUGUUAUAUAUUUCUUACUAUAUUUGUUCCAUUCGCAAUAAAUAUUUCUACGCAUUGCAGCAACAGCUAAAACAGUUCUACGUCGAUGCGAUAUUAAAAACCCGGCCGUGGUAUUAGUUAAGUUCUUCCGGUCCAAACGAUGAGCCACCAUAUAUAUAUAUUGUGUAUGUAUACUUUGUUGAAAUCACGUGGUAUAGUACAGACCAUUCUUUUCCGAAUGAACAGAGAAGUAACUGUUAUACCUGAAGUUAACGAUACAGUGAGAUAGUACACCCCAUGAGGUCAUGAAGAGAGGUUACAGCCUGAGCAGUAUGAUUGUAGGGAACUGA